CAUUGCCAUGAACCAGCCUGCCCCUGGGGUGCCCCCCGUGCCCCGCCGGGUGCGGCUGAAGCCCUGGCUGGUGGCCCAGGUGAACAGCUGCCAGUACCCAGGCCUUCAGUGGGUCAACGGGGAGAGGAAAUUCUUCUACAUUCCCUGGCGCCACGCCACACGGCACGGCCCCAGCCAGGAUGGGGACAACACCAUCUUUAAGGCCUGGGCCCAGGAGACAGGCAAGUACACGGAGGGGGUGGACGAGGCAGACCCUGCCAAGUGGAAGGCCAACCUGCGCUGCGCCCUGAACAAGAGCCGCGACUUCCGCCUCAUCUACGACGGGCCCCGAGACAUGCCGCCCCAGCCUUACAAGAUCUACGAGGUCUGCUCUAAUGGCCCCGCGCCCACAGAAGCCCAGCCCAGUGAGGACUACUCGGUGGGGGCAGGAGAGGAGGAGGAAGAGGAAGAGGAAGAGCUCCAGAGGAUGCUACCAAGCCUGAGCCUUACAGAAGCAGUGCAGCCUGGUGCCCCUAUGGGAUCUUAUUCGGUGCCCAAAGAGGAGCUCAAGUGGCCCCCCACUCUCCAGCCAGGCCCUCCUGCCCCAGAGCCUGCCCUCCUGGCCCCUCCCCCUGGCAACCCCGCUGGCUUUGGGGAGCUGUUGCCCGAGGUCCUGCUGAACCUGGAGACUGGACCCCUGGCCGCCAGCCUGCCCCCGGCCCCAGAACAGUUCCUGCCCGACCUGCUGAUCAGCCCCCACAUGCUGCCUUUGACAGAUCUGGAGAUCAGAUUCCAGUAUCGAGGCCGGCCGCCUCGGGCCCUCACCAUCAGCAACCCCCACGGCUGCCGGCUCUUCUACAGCCAGCUGGAGGCGACGCAGGACCAGGUGGAGCUCUUCGGCCCCGUGAGCCUGGAGCAGGUGCGCUUCCCCAGCCCCGAGGACAUCCCCAGUGAUAAGCAGCGCUUCUACACCAACCAGCUGCUGGACGUGCUGGACCGCGGGCUCCUCCUGCAGCUGCAGGGCCAGGACCUGUACGCCGUGCGCCUGUGCCAGUGCAAGGUCUUCUGGAGCGGGCCCUGCGCCCCCGCCCACGGCACGCGCCCCAACCCCAUCCAGCGGGAGGUGAAGACCAAGCUCUUCAGUCUGGAGCAGUUCCUGCACGAGCUCAUCCUGUUCCAGAAGGGCCAGACCAACACCCCACCGCCCUUUGAGAUCUUCUUCUGCUUCGGGGAGGAGUGGCCCGACCGCAAACCCCGAGAAAAGAAGCUCAUCACUGUCCAGGUGGUGCCCGUGGCGGCCCGGCUGCUGCUGGAGAUGUUCUCCGGGGAGCUUUCCUGGUCUGCUGACAGUAUCCGGCUGCAGAUCUCAAACCCAGACCUCAAAGACCGCAUGGUGGAACAGUUUAAGGAGCUCCACCACCUCUGGCAGGCCCAGCAGCGUGUGCAGCCCAUGGCCCAGGCCCCUCCUGGGCCAAACCUUGGUGCUGACCAGGGACCCUGGCCCAUGCACCCAGUUGCCAUGCAGUAGUGUGGUUGUGGACCAUGCCUGGUGGCGGAGGGCUGAGUCAGUGAGCAUCUGGCUGACAGCAGGACCUCAGGUCUGGGUCCCCUGGAAGUGGAUUUGAGCCAUGGGGUUGUUUGAAGCAAGGCAGGAUCCUGAGACACUCCCUCCUGGAGCCUGGCUUUGUCUCCAGGGGUCAGUCUUCCCUGGGCCUGCCUUUCCUAGGCUCAUUAAGAGAUGAAUUCCUAGCAACAAGGGGCUGGAGGGGCACUGGCCAUCCCAGGGUGGCUGCCCCAUUUCCUGCAGCUGCUUGAGCCAAGGAGUGCUGUGAGUCUGGUCGCUGCCUUCAGUGGGUUCUCUGUAAGGCAUGGGCCUGAUUUGGGGGUUCCUUAGUUUGAGCCUCACUUCAUCUUACAGCUUCCUGAGACAGGUAUGAGCUCUUAGGUACCACACUGGAUCUUAAAAGGCUGCCAGCUGUCCCCUCCUUGACCGCUCAAGAACCCAGGGUAGAAAGUGAUAUUUGAUAUAUUUUUGGAUUAAUAAAUGUUAAAAACAGA